UGAACGAGGCCGUCCGCGACGGUUACAUAACCCCGCACACCACCCACCUCACACCCACACCGAGCCCCGCGCUGGGGAAGAGCUGCGUCGGGAGGGAGAGGACCAGGCCGCGGGCCCAGGGAGGGGCUGAGACAGGGCAGGAUCUACGGGCCCCGUGGCUGCCUCAGGCUCCCCCUUCCUUCUAUCCCCCCACCUUCAAGAGCUGCCACCGCACGCAUGCACAGGGGCGCGCUCACGAGCACCGGGCGCCAGGGCCGCUGUGCCGUUACGGUUUAUGCACCGGCUGCUAGCAGCUCCCCGCCACCGCUCACCUUUUGCCGCGUCCCAGACGCACAUUCCCGGGGCGCCGCUGCCUCCUGCCCUGCCGGGCCGCGCUCGAGCUUCACAUCGCGGCUCCCCCAGGCACGGACGCACACAACCACCGCCUCCUGCCCGCCUUCUUCUUCCUCCUCCCCGUCUCUCAGCCCUGGCCGCGCUCUUCCCUCUUCCUUCCUCUCCCUCUGCCCCCCCAACCCCGCGCCUUCUCCUCCCCCUCUCGGUGUCCCCAGCAGCAGCCCCUCCUCCCCCCGCCCUUCCUGCGAGCGCGUCACGAGAGAGUCUCGCGCCACCAACCGCCGCCCGGUCAACAAGCGGCGCGCGCCAGGCAGGCCCGCUGGCCGGCCCGCCCCUGCCGCGCCCCCUAGCGGUGUGCGCCCGCAGAAACUGGCGCGCCGCUCCGCCGGGAGGGCCGGGGAGCUCUCGCGGCGGUCACGUGACGGCGGGGCGGGCACGAGCAGCCCGCGAGCUUCUUCGGCUUUCCUACCCACUCCCCGCAGCCCAGCCUGGGUGGGCUACCAAGGGCGUGUGGCGGCGGCACCCUCUGGCGGCGUCAGGGGCGCGCCGCAAGUCUGGGGGCUGCCGCAACAGCAACGGCGGCGGCGCGGGCAGAAAUGUCACAAAGCGACCGGAGCAGAGAGAGGCAUUCGUGCACAGUGUAGCCCGUCCCUCCCGCUUCGGGGCGCCGCCGGGAGCUGGCUGUCCGGUGCGUGGAAGAAGCACGCGCGUCUGCCCGCAGUGCGGCCGCGUCUCCUGUGAGCGCUGCUGCAGCAGCAGUAGCAGUAGCAGCAGCAGCAGCAGCAGCAGCAGCCGACGGGCAGGCUUCAGUGAGGGUGGCCACUCCGCGGGGAGCUGCCUGGUACGUCUGUUGCUUCAGGCACAGGACCGCAGUUCAAAGGAAGGCCUGAGUUGGGUUGUGCCAGUGGUACUAAUGGGAGAGACCCACGCCCUUGCCCUUGCAGAGCACCUCUAGAUGGGCUUGGCUUAAGCCCUCUGGAGAGCCCUGCUCUUGGCCGCUUCUGCAGCAUCCAUCGCUUGGCCGAGACCCUUGGAGGGAGUGGCAAAUAGGGGAUCACAAACCAGCUCUGUCCCUGCCGUGGCUGGGGCUUGGUGACUUAAGGGGCACCGAACCAGGUUCAGGCCUCACCAGCCUUACACUAGAAGGGAUUUAUUGCAGAGUAAAAAGGGUCUGCUCUUUCCCGUUGCUCACUGGAUAUGAGAAUCUAAUACCUAUUGGCUCUUCACAUGUGAUUCUGCAUUUUUAAGUAGCCAGGUUUCUAAGAGCAGUGCAACUGUGCUACCUGUUCUUUCCUGGUAACUUUAAAAUCCACUGGCCAUUUCAUCCCAGGCUGAGGAAGGGAUCUCAUUUUCAACAAGAGCAGCAGUGAAGUAGUGUGAGGGGCCAAGGUUAAUGGCCUUGCUGAGCUUCCUAGCACCAGGCAGCACACUCCUGUGCCAAACCAGUCACAGCAUGCGUGGGCUCUUCUCCAGUUCUUUCCCUGGUUACAGCUUAUGGGAGUCCAUUGGAGACACCGUGAAGUGUGCUUGUGGGGAGGCUGGGAAGAAGGAAAGUCAGGGUAUGUGGAGGAAAGUAGGUGCUGUUGUGGUAUAACAAUGUAGGGGAAAUAAGACUAAUCUUUAGGAAACCAGGCCGCUUGUUACUGGCUUAUGUGUUUUAAUUCUGGUAUAUGCAGUUUGUUUUAUAAAUAGAAAAUAGCCUGUCCUACA